AUGGACAUGAAACCACAUCCUCUACUGAUACAGCAACAGCAGAUGCAGCUGCAAGAACCUCCAGCAGCGGCGAUCCAAAACCCUAAUCCACCUCCUUCUACGGAUGCGCCGCCGAAACAGGUGGCGCUGGCUAUGGAAAGACUAGGUCAAGCUUCCCGACUCAUCGCUGACGUCAGAUUAGGAGCUGAUCGCCUCCUCGAAGCGCUAUUCAUUGCCGCACUUCCUCACCAGAGCAAUAAACCUUUGCAAUUGUUUGUUAAAGAGGACGCUUCCAUGCGCCAACACCUCCAAGACCUCCGCUCUGUUGGAAGGCAACUUGAAGAAUCUGGAGUUUUAAAUGAAUCACUUCGGUCGCGUAGUAAUUCGUGGGGCUUGCACAUGCCGGUGGUGUGUCCCGAUGGCGCAGUUGUUGCCUACGCUUGGAAACGACAACUUGCUGGACAGGCUGGUGCGUCUGCAGUUGAUAGAACCAGGUUAGCUCUGAAGGCAUUUACGGAUCAGAAAAGGCGAUUUUUUCCUCACCUCGAUGAAGGACAAGAUGAUCAAAGUACAGAACCAGCAUCGAAGAAACAAUUUGGUUCAAAAGAUGUACUGUUGAAUUUUCAAGAAGAGCUUAGUGAUUGCAAGACGCUUUCAGAUGUUUUAACACGUUUGGAAAAAGAAGUGCCAAAUUUGAAAAUUCUUACUUAUGAACGGUUGGGUUGGUUGAAAAGAGCUUCCUCAUUGCCAGCUUCAGCUGAGAAUCCUUUGGAAACAUCGAAGGACCAUGUUUUUCACAGUUUAAGUAAACUAAGAACAGUAUCACAGAGUGCUCUUCCUAUGGAUAAGGUUGCUGUUAUUGAGUUGUUCUUUCCUUCAGUCUUCAGAGCUAUAAUAUCAUUGCAUCCAGCUGGUUCCAUUGACCCUGAUGCAGUAGCUUUCUUUUCGCCCGAUGAGGGAGGCAGCUAUAUACAUGCAAGAGGUUUUUCAGUUCAUCACGUAUUCAGAAAGAUCUCGGAGCAUGCUGCUAUGGCUUUGCAGCAUUUUCAUGGGGUCAGCACUGAAACAACCUUAUAUUCUAUUGUGCACUGGAUCUGCUGCUACCAGACACUAUUUACCAAAGUUUGCAGUAAGUGUGGAAAGAUAGUGGCGAUGGACCGACAAUCGUUGCUGCUGCUACCACCAGUUUAUCGUCCUUAUCGACACUUUUUUCCCUUACAAAUUGCAUCAACUCAGACCAAUUCAUUGGCCAAGGACCAGGGCUUGGAGGACCUGGGAGCGUUUCACAUCGGUUGCUUUACAGAAGACGUGUAG